ACUGACGCAUAACUCUGAUGUCUCAGCUUCCAUAUCUAACACGCAAAAAAAAAAACACUGCAAAAGCAAAAAAUGGUGGUAGAAACUCAGAAUCCAAACACGACCUUUUCGCCGCACGCCACAAGGUUUACAUCAAUCCCGAUCGUGGAUAUCUCCGACCCAGAAUCCAAACACGACCUUUUGAGAGCCUGCGAGGACUUUGGAUUCUUCAAGGUGAUCAACCAUGGCGUUCCCACGGAGCCCAUUUCCCGUUUGGAACAAGAAGCUGUCAAGUUCUUCUCCUUGCCCAUGUCGGAGAAAACCAAAGCCGCCGGAGAUUCUGGUGACCCUUUUGGCUACGGGAACAGGAAGAUUGGUCGGAAUGGUGACGUGGGUUGGGUUGAAUACUUGUUGAUGAACGCGAAUCUUGAUUCGGGUUUCUUGAAAAACCCGGGAAAAAUCAGGAGAGCAAUAGAAGAAUACAUAACGUCAGUGAGAAAAAUGACAUGUGAAGUGUUAGAGAUAAUGGCCGAUGGGUUAGGGGUUCAACCGAGGAAUACGUUAAGCAAACUCUUAACCGACCAAAAGAGCGAUUCCAUGUUAAGGUUAAACCACUACCCUCCCUGUCCUCUCCUCAAGAACGCCAAUGUGAAGAGCGUUAUCGGCUUCGGAGAACACACGGAUCCUCAGAUCAUCUCUGUCCUGAGAUCCAACAACACUUCCGGUCUCCAAAUCGCUCUUCGUGACGGUUCUUGGAUCUCAAUCCCGCCCGACCAUUCUUCCUUCUUCUUCAACGUCGGCGACUCUUUGCAGGUGAUGACGAACGGGAGGUUCAAAAGCGUGAGGCAUAGAGUGAUGGCGAACAGUGAGAGAUCGAGGCUUUCCAUUAUUUAUUUCGGUGGGCCCCCUCUUUCUCAUACCAUCCUCCCUCUCCUCCUCACAAACGAGGAGGGGGGCGGCGGCGGCGGCGGCGACGGCGACAAUCUAUACGAAGAGUUCACUUGGUCUGACUACAAGAACUCCGCCUUCAACUCUAGGCUGGCCGACAACAGGCUCAUCCCUUUCCAAAGGAAUCAGCUUUCGAGGAUGUUAUGAACCAAUAAUAAAAUAUUACGUUCCAAAGGCAUGCAUACAAAAUAUAAAAAAAAUAUCACAGAUAUUUAUUAAAAACAUUAUUGCAUUCUAAUAUUGUUUUUUUUUAUUUAUUUAUUUGGGAUUGGUAUAAAAUACACUACUUUAGUUUAGGGUUUUCAACUAUCCUGAUUUUAAU